AGGCGGCUUCUGUGGUGGCAGCAUGAAGCGUACCCAGACGGCGGAGGAACGGGAGCGCGAAGCUAAGAAACUGAGGCUUCUUGAGGAGCUUGAAGACACUUGGCUUCCUUACCUGACCCCCAAAGAUGACGAAUUCUACCAGCAGUGGCAGCUGAAAUAUCCUAAACUGAUUCUCCGGGAAGCUGCCAGUGUGUUGGAAGAGCUCCACAAAGAGGUCCCUGAAGCCUUUUUCACACUGCACAAGCAUGGCUGCUUAUUUCGGGACCUGGUAAGGAUUCAAGGCAAAGAUCUGCUCACUCCGGUAUCCCGCAUCCUCAUUGGGAAUCCAGGCUACACCUACAAGUACCUCAACACCAGGCUCUUCACGGUGCCCUGGCCUGUAAAGGGCUCUAACAUAAACUAUACUGAAGCUGAGAUCGCAGCUGCAUGCCAGACCUUCCUUAAGCUCAAUGACUAUCUGCAGGUAGAGACCAUCCAGGCUUUGGAAGAACUUGCUGUCAAAGAGAAGGCUAAUGAAGAUGACGUGCCAAUAUGCAUGGCAGAGUUUCCCAGAGCUGGUGUGGGGUCAUCCUAUGAUGAUGUAGUGGAUAUUAAGAGCAGAGCGGCAUACAAUGUGACUUUGCUGAAUUUCAUGGAUCCUCAGAAAAUGCCAUACCUGAAAGAAGAGCCUUAUUUUGGCAUGGGAAAAAUGGCAGUGAGCUGGCAUCAUGAUGAAAACCUGGUGGACAGGUCAGCAGUGGCAGUGUACAGUUAUAGCUGUGAAGAUUCUGAAGAAGAAAGUGAGGAUGAGUCUAAUCUUGAAGGCAGAGAUCCUGAUACUUGGCACGUUGGUUUUAAGAUUUCAUGGGACAUAGAGACACCUGGUUUGGCAAUACCCCUUCACCAAGGAGACUGCUAUUUUAUGCUUGAUGAUCUUAAUGCCACCCACCAACACUGUGUUUUGGCUGGUUCCCAACCUCGAUUUAGUUCCACCCACCGAGUGGCAGAGUGUUCUACAGGAACCUUGGAUUAUAUUUUGCAGCGCUGUCAGUUGGCUCUGCAGAAUGUCUGUGAUGAUGUGGACAAUGGAGAUGUCUCUCUGAAAUCCUUUGAGCCUGCAGUUUUGAAACAAGGAGAAGAGAUUCACAAUGAGGUCGAGUUUGAGUGGCUGAGACAGUUUUGGUUUCAGGGCAAUCGAUACAGAAAGUGCACUGAUUGGUGGUGUGAACCCAUGGAGCAGCUGGAGGGGCUGUGGAAGAAGAUGGAAGGUGUGACAAAUGCUGUGGUUCAUGAAGUGAAAAGAGAGGGGCUCCCCGUGGAACAAAGGAAUGAAAUCCUGACUGCCAUCCUGGCCUCACUCACCACACGCCAGAACCUGAGGAGGGAAUGGCAUGCCAGGUGCCAGGCCCGAAUCGCCCGGAAUUUGCCAGUGGAUCAGAGACCAGACUGCCGACCAUAUUGGGAGAAGGAUGACCCUGCCAUGCCUCUGCCCUUUGACCUCUCUGACAUCAUUUCAGAGUUCAGAGGUCAGCUUCUGGAAGCAAAACACUAGAAGGAGCAUGAGUCUUAGGUGAAGGAACAGAAGUUAUCUUUGAACUUUCUUCUCCAGUCUUGGUCAAGCACAUUGAGGCUUCUCCUGGCCCUUAGGUUGUAGAACCAAGUCCCAGGUCAAAACAGCUAGGAAACAAAACCGGUGAAUGUCAAAAUGUUGAAAAAUGACACAGUAUCAUAGUCCUAUUUAGCACUGAAUAGGAACUUCUAGAAAAUUCUUGCCCCUUGGGAUUUGUGUAUGUGGGGGGGUGGGCUUUUACCCUCCAGGGGUAGCAACAUGAAUACCCCCAGCCUGGGACACAGGGUGACCUCCUUUCCUCCUUAGCCAGCUGCCCUGGAGUCUUGAAGUGGUCCCAGUUACCCAGGGCAAGACAGGGUUUUGACACAUCCAUCCCAAUUUCUUUAGAGGCUGUACCAUCCAACAGGGUAGCCACCAGCUAGCCGUGGCUACUCGGAAUUAAAACUGCUGUUAAUUAUAACUGACAGUCCUUUCCUCCAUUGUCCCAGUCACAUUUCAAGUGCUUAACAGAGACUUGUGGCUGGUGACUACUGCUUUGGACAGCACAGACAUGAAAUGUUUUCAUCAUUGAACAAAGCCCCCUAGGACAAGAUGUCUGUAAAAAGUUUGAGAACAGGCAUUCCCUUUUCCAGUCCUCUCUUGCCACUGUUCUCAUGGAGGUGGGGGUGAGAAAUGAAAGGAGCAGUGACUGAAGAAUAGCCUCUUCUCUUCUCUGAAACAAGGCUCAGUAGGGCUGACCUGAGAGCUCUGUGCUCCACACACAGGAACGGGGAGGCGUUAACAAAGAAAACAAGGCCAAACUCCUGUCUUUGCAGAGUUCCCCUGAUCUGAUGACAGAGACCUAGUGCUAUUUACGUUGCUUUGUGGAUUUAACCGGCGGAGUACCUUUUGGUUUUCCCAGACAACCCCCAUUUUGUCGGUAAUGACAGGGCAUCAAGGAGAUGGUGCAGAGUAGGGGUUGAGCCUGGGUUGUAGUUCCAGAGCGGCAGGACUAAGACUCCACUAGUUUUACAAUCUUCCAUACUUGCUUGUGCCUCGGUUUCCUCAUCUGUAGAAUAGAGAUGCUAAGGACACCAGCUCCCAAGAUGACCUAAGUGAUCUAGCUACAGACUUUGAACAAUGUCUGGUAUGAUUUCUAGCCAUGAUUAUCUGGCUCCCUACCCCAUGAACAUGAGUGUUGUUGUGUAUCACUAAGCUGACUUUGGAUGCUCUUCUCCCUCUUCCCAGGCUUGUGCCAGUGGUAUCUCAUGGUACACUGACCUUUUGCUUUUUUGGCUUGACUCCUGUCCUUUAUUGUCCUCAGAAAUUGUGACAGCAGUGAGCCCCUCUUUUCAGCCCGUAGACUUCUCUAGUAGUUGUUUGCAGUAGUUUAGAGGCUGAGGACAAAUGCUUUCCUGCUCUCAGGACUCACUGGCUCAAAGCACUCCUCCCUGCCCACAGAGUCAGCUGUGGACAAGCCCCAUUUCACCAGGUAGCCAGGGUUUCAUCAUGGGGAGACUCGGGGCUCUCAGACCUUGGAUUAAAUUCCUGACGACUCUGGACCUCAACUUCCUCAUCAGUAAAAGAAAAGUGAUGUGGACCUCACAGGGAUUUUGCAGAGAGUAGAUGCAAUGACAUAGGCACACAGGUGCCACACACUGAGUCACUACACACAUACACACACACAGGCAUACACGCAUGCACACACACACAGGCAUACAUAGGUACACACAGAGUCCCUGGCCCUCCAACUCAGUGUUUUAUUGAGCACUAUGGUGUUUCUUCCUUAUUAUAUUCCAUUAGAUGCCAAUAUUUAAAAAUUGGGAGAUUUCACAUAAAAAUGAAAAUGUCUGUAUUUUCUUUAAAUCUCAGAACACCUAGCAGUCCUAGGUUCCACCCUAGCAUGGCAGCAGCUCCAAAGCAGCCAGGACCUUCUGGGGUUUGCUGAGACUCUGUUGCUCCCUGUGAUCAUUUAUUGUAACCCUGGCCUGCUCCCUUCCCCCCCCCCCCCGACUUUGUAUCAGCGCUCCCUGAGCCUGCUUGCUUGUGCCUCUGUAGUAGGAAUCAGUAAUGUUUAGUGCUCACCCCAAUAUAUGCAUAUUCUUAUGAGUUGUAUUCACGAGCUGCUUGUAUUAAUAUGUUAUGUGCAUUGUUACGCAUUCUAAGACAAUAAAGAUAGAAAAAGAUCAGCUC